AUGCGCAGAUACUCUAAAGCAGCCAGAAGAGUGAAAGGUGUCUCCCAUGAGUUCAUCAUCAACAACCUCCCCAACUGCCUCAAACCGGGGUUUGUCUCGGAAAAUCUAUAUGCCGAAUUACCGAAAACCAUGGAAGAAUUACAGGAAAAAAUGACCAAAUUCAUCAAAAUGGAAGAUCAACGACAUUACCGCAAGAAGAUUGAAGCUCCCGCGACAGAUACUAAACGUGAUGACAGGGGUCGUAAUCAAAGGCCCCCUCGAAGAGAACUUCCAGCUCCGCUCGGUCCUCGCUACGACCACUAUGCACACUUUACUGCUCCAAGGGAAAAGGUGUUCGACAAAGCCCUCCAAACCAACCUAAUCACCGUUCACAAAAGACGCACGCCUAGAGAUGCAGACGGAUCUAAAAUAUGUUGGUUUCAUGAUAACCGAGGACAUUCCACAGAAGGCUGCCAAGGCCUUAAAGACGAAAUCGAAAGGUUAAUCCGGGCGGGAUAUCUGCGAGAAUUUGUUAAAACAGAGACAGGCCAACGGGGACGUUCCCCUAGAAAAAUUAGGAGAAGCCCCGAGCCUUCGCGCCGAAAGCCCGAACGCCCCCGAGAGCGUUCGAGAAGCAGAUCUAGAAAGCGGGAUACGACCCCAGAGGGUCGCAUUGACACCAUCUCAGGAGGCUUUGCUGGGGGUGGAGCCUCAUCCUCAGCCCGCAAGAGACACUUGCGGAACUUGCGUAGCGUCCACAUGAUAGCUCGAAAUCCUUUGUCAAUGCCGGACAUCACCUUUACCGACAAGGAUUUUCACGCCCCGGACUCGGAACAGGAUGAUCCUAUGGUCAUUACCGCCCGAAUUGCGUAG